AUGCUAAUGAAGCAGUUGGAGAUGACUGAUCUGGGCCCCUUAUCCUACUUCCUUGGCAUUGAGUUCAAGGAAAUAGAAGCUAGAAUUUUUAUGCAUCAAGGCAAGUAUGUUGAAGACUUGUUGAAGAAGUUCAACAUGUUUGAAUUCAACAUGGCAGUCACACCAGCUAAGACAAGAUUGGUUAUGAGUCUGAAGAGUGAAGGUGAACAUGUUGAUGCUACACUCUACAAGCAGAUUGUAGGGUCCUUGAGGUACUUGUGUAAUACAAGACCUAAUCUAGCCUUUAGUGUUGGCUUAACUAGUAGGUACAUGGAGGCUCCAAAGACACCACAUAUGAUGGUUGCUAAGAGAAUUUUGAGAUACAUCAGGGGCACCAUGAAUUAUGGUUUAUGGCUUGGAAAACUUCUUAAAGAGUUGAAGAUCCAAGAAGCAAAUCCAAUGAACCUAUUUGUGGACAACAAUUCUAUAAUAAACCUUGCAAAACAUCCAGUUAACCAUGGAAACAGCAAGCAUAUUGAGACAAGAUAUCACUGUAUAUGA